AUGAACGAGCUGCGUAGUUUGCCCCACGUGCUGGAGCAAAUGGAGGUGUUGCAAUUGUGGAAGAAGCAGCAACUUAUUGCAGAACAUGGCGUCAAUAUCAUAGCCAGGAACCGCGCCACCUCAACGUUUCAAGUGCUGCAGAAGCCAUCGCAGACACCUCUACUCCCUUCAGCCACCGACCACAAGCUGCACCAAGCAAAGAAACGCAAGCAAGAGCUGGAAGCUGCAAGGGAUCAGAACGUGCAACGUAUCGUGGUUCGCUGGCAGACUCGUCACGAGCAGCGGGCCGAGAGAGCUCGUCGUGUUCAUAUCCAGAGUCAGUGGCUGCUGGUUGUUGCGCUUUCUGAGAGCUCCAAGAAGUGGCUCACCAGGUUUUACGAGCUCCAUCAGAAGCGCUGCGAACUGUUGCGGAUUCUAAUGAUCAAGCGAUUGCAGCGAUAUUGGCGUCGACGAACUCUUGAGCAGCGUAAUUCGUUGCAACUGCUUCGUUCUGGACGUGGCAUUCCUCUGUCGUCGGCAUUCUUCCGCAUGCCUGUGGUGAUUCGUGCAGUGACCAAACUCCAACGGAAUAUUCGAGUCUGGCUGGAGCGGAAACAUCACAGUGAGCGAAAGGAGAACGUUGCGCUCAUUGUGACGGCGUGGUUCGAGUUUCAAGACGUCAAAUUCCGACGCAUUAUCCUGCGCUUUCGGAAACGCGUGCGAGACUUUCAAGUCAUGUGGCGGUCUUGGCGAGCGAUCACUGCGGCGCGGAUCAAGCUAAUGCUUCUGGUAUGGGCAAAAGUAGAGCGCAAGGCCAAGCGCAGACAUGGCAUCGUAACCGAUCCUCAGCUGAGAGCCCAAUAA